GCAAAUUCAUUCUUUCAUUUUAUUCCUAUUUUUUCUUCUUCCGAAAAACGCGAUUAUUCUCUGAAAAAUCAAACAACUUUUCCAUACGAUGGCCGAACCUAAGAGCAAAUUUGAAUCUGCAAGGGAGUGGGUCGUAGAUCAUAAGCUUCGAGCUGUGGGGUCCCUUUGGCUAAGCGGAAUAGCAGGUUCAAUUGCAUACAAUUGGUCCCGACCAAAGAAAACAAGUGUGAAGAUUAUUCAUGCUAGGUUGCACGCCCAGGCUCUCACCCUAGCUGCGUUAGCUGGUGCAGCAGUGGUGGAAUACUAUGACCACAGAACAGGCAAAAAGGCUGAUCAAUACGCUGCUAAGUUCCUCCCAAACUCCUACCCUCACAAAGAUUAAGUGUGAUAUUCCAUGAACAAUUGCCAUAUGGGAACAACCAUAUGGAGUAUAGAAAAAGAGAAAAGAAAUAAAAAAGCAAUAUGUUUUGGAAGUACCUGCACAUUUUACCCAAUUCUAGUUUUGGGCUACUUAGUUGCGUAGUUAUUACAAGGAGGUCCCAGUAAUCUGAGACCUGAGGCAAAGACGGCGUCCUCGUCGAUUUUCACUAACCAAGAUUUGGUCUGAAGUAGUGGGAUGAUUUCUUCUUUGGCCAUGAAUAUUUGGAUGACAUUGUUGAUGAUUUCUUCUUUGGUCAUUGUAUUGUUUCAUUUUACAACACUUUCUUCAUUUAUUAAUGAUUUAUUGCUUAGAUGCA